UGAGUGGCUAGAAGGUGAGAAGGGACUAUUUUCAUCAGAAAUAUUCCGGAGCAUUGCAAUGGCAUUUCUGUGUGCGUUUGAUAGCGUAUUACCAUAUGUGAUGGCACCCAAUUCAAAGGGACCUGGAUAAUCGCGUAGUUUGUGCAGAAGCGAAUCAACAAGUUUAUAGAGCCCCGGCUACAUCUCUUGUGUUACUAAAUCGACUGUGUGGUUGGGGAUACAACUAAGAACUUUGAUGUUUCAUUGAAGAUAUGUUGCUUGAAAUGGUCAACAUACAUGGAAGUCAACAAGACCAAGGCACGCUCAUGGGCAACCGUAUGUUGUUGAGGCAAUGUAAAUAGCUGAGGCAAGUCGUACAAUGUUCAUUCGCGAUGACCAGCUGCUGUUUGGAUGUCCAGCUCACAGACGCGUCGCCCCCUUCUCGCUGGUCAGCUCGAUCUGUUCGUUGAUGUGCCUCGCUGCUGAUCCGCGACAUGCUAGACUGAUGGCGAAAGCCAUGAGAAUCGUGGAGGCUAUUGAACUGGACAAUUUUGACUCCGACAUUCGCGGGCCAAGGGAGGACGAUGAGGUUGUUCAGGAUGACUGUGGCAGAUGUAAAACCACAUCAACCAAGAGAUGUAGGAAAGUGAUUGAACGUUGUGCAGUCGAGGCCACGGAUACGAAGCUGCCAGAAUCAACACAGUGUGUAGUUUUCCCCCAUGACAGUGAGUUGAAGUCUUUUCCAGAGCAAACUAAGCCACCGAGGCUGAAUCCUAGUCCAAGACGCAAAUGUUCUCUGUACUCUGAUGAUGCACUACGUUGCGCAAGGGCUUACCGAGAGAGCAAACCCAUUCUGAGAAGCAAAUCCGUUUCUGUGUCGUCUCACGAUUUACUACGGCGAGGGAGCAGUACGCAUCGUUGCUAUGGAAACCAACACAGCAAUGUUUCUUUACUGGAUCUCCGCCAACUUCGGAAAGCGAACGGCCCUGACUUCGUGGCAUCAAAGAUGUUUAGCGUCUCUCGGGACCGAGUUUCAUCCUACACAAAUGAACGAGGUAGAGAUCAGCACUGGAAAAAACAGCAGCCAACAUAUAUCUCCCAUAAAGAGAAUAUCACCGUCAGUACUCGUCUGCAGGAUGACAUCGAGAUCUCCGGCAUCGGGGCUGCUGAUGAGACUACUAGCCUUCUUCCUCGGCGUCAGAUUUCAAGGCAUAGGGAGUUGCCUAGUGACAUUGCGUAUGAGAGCGUGAAAGGAAAAAGUGCAACUGCGUCCGACUAUAAUGUUCACAACAAAUCUCUAAGUCACGUGCAACGGCUCCAAAACGAGGCCAAGCUAAGAGUCGUUGAUCAGUCCAGGAAAGAAAGCUUUGAGAAUUAUGCUCGUCGAUGUCUGGAUAGUCCUGAGCUGAACAGGAGCUCGGUGGAAUUUUCCGACGCUCCGUCUCAAAGUAGCCAGCUCUCGGAUUCUGACUCCCCGCUGAUAGGCUCCACCUCUAGGAGCCGCGGACAUCAUAAAUCUUUACCCAGGAGGAGACAGUACAUGCGACGGUCUUCCAUCAUCGCCGCCAAAAAGGGGCACCUUGCGCCUAGCAAACCUGGCAGAACGAAUAAAAUGUGCAAAGAAAAGCUGGCCAGUGAUCACUUGCAGACAAGCACGACGUCUUUAGGAAGUCCCCGAACAUGGCUGAGGCAAUUUCCGGUAACAUCGAAUAAACCUGGCGCUUUCAAAUCGUCUCAUGGCAGAUCUGUGAUAGGCGUUCACGGCGAUAACAUUCGACCUUACGCACACCUGGCUAGGCAAUUAGGAUUAGAGAGUGGAUUUAGUUCCAGUCUAACUCACGCGUUACCUCAGUUCAGGGAAUCUACCUACCCCUGUCCAGCUAGUCAAUCUUGCUCUUGUGAACAUUGCCGUUCUUCAAACUUUCAGGAACAAGAGUUCCACAGUGAGUUCACCGUCGUUCCGGUCAGCAACGAUGGUCAGUUCUGCGAAGGGAAACAAACUGGAAACGGUCACAAGUUUGGCCUUAAAAGUCCGGCCCAGGGCUAUGACGUGGAGGCUGACCAGUCGGACACUUUGACCCAGAACAGCAUCACGUCACUACUGUCAUCGAAGUUUAGGGACGUAGCCAAAAGAUGGAGACAAUAUGGCGUCGACUCACCGCGGUUCCGCAAAAGACUUCACUCCAAGUGGGAGAGUAUGAACUACGAGAUUAUAGACAGUCAGUUGCAGAGAAAACUGAACGAGGAGAAAGUCUCCAAGAGAAAGUUAGCGAUGUUGAUGUUGAGCAACUGGCUGGUGUACUUCGCUAUUGGCAUUGGUACCGCGUUGAUGGCUGCCGGUGUACAGAUAAUAGUUGAAUUGAUAGCACAUCAGAAGUUUAGUCUGCUGAAAACAUAUCUAGACAAAUGUAGUACAGAUAAAGAAAAUUGUUUGUACCAACCAAUAUUAAUAUGGAUGAGCAUCAAUGUUGGCAUCACGUUACUGGCAUCAGCACUAGUCACGUAUUUACAGCCCAUGGCAGCAGGAAGUGGCAUACCUUUGAUCAAAUCCUAUUUGAAUGGUGUACGAAUACCAGGUCUCCUGUCAUUGCAAGCAUUUGUAGCCAAAUGUGUGGGUGUAGUUUUGUCCAUUCUUGGGGGACUAGCAUGUGGAAAGGAAGGUCCAAUGGCCCACUCAGGAGGCAUCAUUGCUGCUGGGAUUGGGAAAGGGAGAAUACCUUGGUUCAAGAAAUAUAUAGAUUUGUAUGGGCUUUUCAGGACAGACCAUAACAUUCGAGACCUGGUUGCAGCUGGUGCCGCCUCAGGGGUAUCUGCCGCUUUCGGAGCACCAGUGGGAGGAACUCUUUUCAGUGUGGAGGAGGCUGCCAGUUUCUGGAAUACAGAACUUGUGUGGAAAGUGUUUUUUUCAGCCAUGGUUGCUUGUUUUUCCACCAACUUUCUACUAAGUGCCUAUGAAGGUCAUCCAACUCAACUUUCUAACCCAGGCUUAGUGCGGUUCAAUACAUUUCCUAAUUUAACUUUUGAUUUGAUUGAAAUUCCUGUGUUUAUCAUUAUGGCAGCUAUAGGUGGUUUGAUUGGUUCAUUGUUUGUUGUCAUGAAUUACAAGUUGACAGUAUUUAGACAAAAGUAUCUUCAUAGAAAGAAGUGGAUUAAAGUCGUUGAAGCAAGUUUGGUCUCAGGUGUCAGUGCCUUAGCAGCAUUUGUUCUAAUGUUUACUAUUAAAGAUUGUACCACCGCUGAGCCUUACAAUGGCCAUGCAUUUAAUACAACGAUGGGGUGUGAUGGGGAAGGCCACAAUGCUAUGUCAACCAUGUUUUUAACAACUCCUGAAGGAUGUCUGAAAGCAUUAUUACAUGAUUCUUACGAUAAUUAUAGCGUCCUCACACUUGUGCUGUUUGUUACUGUGUUUUUCUUUCUUGGUGUCUGGACCUAUGGUCUGAGUGUGUCCAGUGGGGUAUUCAUUCCAUCCUUGACCAUUGGUGCUGCCUGGGGCCGGCUCAUUGGCCUGGGAGUGAUCCAACUCUUCCCUAACCAGGUGUUGACAUCAAAGGCUAAAGAUGUUGGGAAAUAUGCUUUGAUUGGUGCAGCCUCUCAGCUGGGUGGCUGUCUAAGGACCACCAUUUCUCUGACUGUGAUUAUUGUAGAGUGUACAGGGGACAUCACUUUUGGUUUGUGCAUCAUGUUGGCUCUUAUGAUCUCAAAGUGGGUUGGGGAUUUCUUUACUACGGGACUCUACGACAUGAAUGUAGAAGUCAGUGGCAUUCCAUUGUUGUCAUGGGAACCACCACCAUUGUGUGACCAUGUUUAUGUCAGUGACUUUAUGAGCCAGCCAGUGAUGACAUUCCUGCCAGUAGAAAAAGUUGGUCAUGUGUAUGAAUGUCUGAUGGGGGAAUCCUUCAAUGGUUUUCCUAUAAUUGAACAAGAUCCCAAUUGUGACUCAAGAUACAAAGGGAAGUUGCGAGGAAUCAUCCUACGAUUUCAGAUACUGGUGCUUCUUAGUAAAAAGGUGUUUUGUCAGGAAGGUCAGGUACCCUCCAAUCAAAACAGUAUCACACUUAAAGACUUUCAGAAAACUAGUCCAGUUGCUGUCAGGAUAGAGGAUAUUCAAUUGACUGAUCAAGAGAAACAGUAUGUGAUUGAUUUCCGUCCCUUUAUGAAUCAGACACCAUACACAGUUUCAUUGAAUUUCUCAAUGCCAAGGGUCUUUAGGCUGUUCAGAGGUCUUGGACUUCGACAUCUUGUAGUUGUCAGUGAUGAGUUUGAGCCUAUUGGAAUGGUGACUAGAAAAGAUUUGGCCAAAUAUCGUGCUGAGAUCAAGAAAGGCAUGCUCCACAUGGAACAUUUGACAGUUGAGAACAGAUAGAAACAUUCAAACCUGUUGCUGCUGAAGCCAAGCCUAGGUACACUGCUGAGAACAAGCUAGACUAUGCUAUCAACAUUAGAAGAUGGCACAGACAUGUUUGUAGACAACAUAAGAGAAUUGGUAGAUAACUUAAGGGAAUGGGUAGACAACAUAUGGGAAUAGGUUAACAAAUGGGAAUUGGUAGAUAAUACAUCAUGAGAGAUCUAAUGUAAUCUUUUUGUGUGUUAAUUUGAAUAGUGUCAUCAGUUCCUGCUUGACAUCAGUGCCUGAUGGACAUUGUGUUGGCUAUUUAAAAAAAAAAGUAUCUGUUAACACUUAAAACGCGUGUGGUAGUUUAGCCUCUAAACAUCAGAAAUGCAAUCUCCUUUUUGUAUGCACUUAGAGUAAAACAGCUCAGCACUUUAAGGGUUAAAAGGUUUUGUUUAGUAAAAUCUACUGAUGUUUAUUUUUAAGUCUUCGUGGCCCUACCUUUAAUGUCCACUUCAUGCACUUGAAAAAAAAAACCUGCAUAUUAUGAUCUCCCAAUUUCUUAUUGUAGUUCAAACUUUGAUGACAUUUUGCACCAUUCUAAUACAUUGUAUUGAACAAAGAUAUAAGGGAUUUAUGUGUUCAUGUCAUUCUACUGUACUCUUAGUAUUCAUUUUAUUUUUUUUUUUGUAGUUGAAAGGCUGCACUGUAUUCAGAGAUAAUUGUCUUAAUCAAUCUCAAUCAUUGUUAAAUUUUUUUUUUUUUUUUUUUUUCAUUACACCUAGCUCAACAUUCCUGUUAUGAAAUCAUAGACUGUGUUAAUAUCUGACUGUUUCCAAAUAGAUUUUUUUUUUUUUUUUUUUUUUUACAUUUAGCCACAUUUUCAUUUAAUUAGAAUGAGUUCUAUAAAAUUAAUCUUUAUGAAUGAAUGUAUGCCUGUACAAAGAAGUGGAACUAUUUCCUUGUUAGCUCAGAGUACCAAUGAGGAGGUUCUAGGGCUUUUAUAGUACCGAAUGGUUGAGGUGUUUGUAGAAUGUACAUACUGAUCACUUCUACUUAUGUUUAGUAGCAUGUAAAUGCUUAUAUAGUUAAUGAAUCUUAGCUUAAUUUUUAUUUCCUUGAGAUUGGGCUCUACAUUUCUUUAUUUUGUUUUAGAUUGAAAAUGGUUUUCACAGUGUAUAAAAAGGUUUUAUGGAAGUAUGCUAGAACAUUGUUAUUGGUUAUUCAAUCCUCAAAAGCCAAAAUCGCAAUAUCUCUAUUUCAGUGGUUCCCAAGCUUUUUCCUUAAUGGAACACUUCGCACGUUCUGAGUAUUUAGUGGAACACUUUGCUUAUUGUUUAGAGAGAUUAAUUCAUGUGGUGGCCUACUAGUUAAUUAUAUCCAGUCGUUUGUGGAACACUAGGGUUCCACGGAACACAGUUUGGUUAACACUGCUAGAGACUUGAUAGAAAUGGAGUGGAAAUUAGAAAAAAUUAUUUGUCCUUAAUAAAACACUACUUUAAAAACAAAUGUAGCCAUCUGAUUACCCAUUAAAUCCUGAAAUUAACUCUCAGUAGGAACCUUUUGAAUGUGUGUUUAAAUUAUGAAAUACAGGUAGGAGGUCUACUACAUUUUAAAGCAUGUUGCUACUUUUCAUUGGCAUCAUAAUGUCAUGUUUAAAAAAGUGAAUUUAAUAGAAAAUUGUCCUGAUCUGUAUUUAAAAUGUUAAGCUGUACAAAGACAUAGAUCUACUUUUUAAGCAAUAUGAUUGUUGCAUUUGUUUAUAGUUGUUAAGCUAAUCAUCCAAGAAGAAAAUUAGAUUGCUCAAAUCUUUUCCUCACAACUUCAGGAAUGUUGUAAGUUGAUUAAUUUUGGUUCUUUUUGUGUUCAAGAUUUAACCGUACCCUGAGUUUAUUGACCUCCUGCAUCUUAAUAGCUUCAAUUUUAUUGUUAAGCAUUUUUUUCUCUGGUAAUCUUGCUGAUUGUAGAUAUUUAUUCUUUGCAGCUUGUUCUCAAUAUUCCGAUCAGCUGCCAACUUUGUGUUUCUCAGCACUGAAUAGCAAGUUGAUUAAUAUAGUUCAGUUUUUUUCUUCUUGACAUGAAUUUUCAACCUAAAAUAAAUUGUUUGUAAUUUCUCUUUCUAAAGACACAUGUCUAUGUGAAAAGCACUAGCUUGUCAGCACUAUUUCUUUCAGAGCUAUUUCUUUCCCAUUCUGAUUAAGAAUGUAUUUUCAUUCUAUCUUUUUUUUUCAUUUCAUACUGGGUUUUUUUAACAUGAUUAACUCUUAAGUUACAAUGUUUAUCUUGACAACUUCAAAAGUAGCAGAGUCUGAUUAGAAACACCAAACAUUUGUUACGCCAUUAACUGAAUGAAAGAAUCCUCAAUUCCUCUUUGAGAACAAUGUUUUCUCUAAAUUAUAUUUAAAGAACUUGCAGCUAUGCACUAAACAGGAUGGACGUAUGUCUAAGUAAAUUCUCAUAUAAGGCACAGGCUUUACACUUAACAUCUUUAGUUUGUGCAAAUAGCUGACAUUAUAAUAAGAACUUUAUUUAAAUUUUUAAGUAUUGUAAAUUUUUUUGGUUAGAUUGGUGCCCAAUAUAUGAAUAAUAUAAUUUCAUCACACAUGGGUGUUCAUGCCAUUUUGCCAAUUUCUUUUGGAGAUAAAAAUUGUGUGAAAAAUGUUGACAUUAGUGAAAGUUGCAUUUACAUUUGAGUAAAAAUGUUUUGAUAGUUAUUUAUCUUAGAUUGUUUGAGAUGUGCAUAGUCGGUUGUGUGAUAAGAUUGAAAAUUAGAAAAGAAUUUUAAACAUUGUGUGAGCAUGGUUUAAAACAAUUUUUUUUAAGUUUGAACAUUUUGUGAAAAUGGCUUUUAUUAAGUUACUUGGUAAAUUAUUUUGAUAACAGAGUGCAUUGAUAAAGCUUUUUUUUUUUUUCAAGCCUUUGUUGACAAGACAGGGUGAACAAAAUUGUCAUUUGUUUCCUUUAUUUUUCACUGCUGUUGAUGUAUUUUUAUUGACUGCACUUUACAAAAGAACAUCUAUGCAUACUAUGUCUUCUUGUCUUCAGAUUCAAGGCAGCUUCAGAUCUUUUCUGAUAGCUGUUACUUUGGAACUUUCUUGGCCUUGUUUAGUUUUUUUGUGUUUUUUUUCAUACCUAAAACUGCUGAUUAUUUUCACAUAUAAAAAAAUAAAGUACUAAAAUAAAAUGUGUUUUUUUUAAAGCUAUUGAUUAUUGAAAGAUGGUCAGACUUCUUGUAAAUCAUUAGAGGUAAGAUGAUUAUGUUAUGGUCAUGAAAUGUAAUGAAAAUGGGAAGUUGAAACUUAGAUACAGCCACCAAAUAUUGUUUUAAUCAAUACUGUAGUUUUAAUUAAGAGUUCACUGUGAGUAGUCUAUAUGCAUCAGUAGAUAUAUGAGGAGCAUAUCAAACUGUUGUAAAGCUUAAGAUUUAAUCAUUCUUGAUAAGUAAAGUAAAGUUCCCCUUUCAGACCUUGUGAUCUUUAGGGCAGAUGUAAAGGUCUUCUGUAUCUGUAGCCUAUGGUUAACGAGGUUGUCAUGUGGCCAGCACAACGACCAACCAUCUAUACUAUUCCCCAACUAAUGUCAGGUACCCAUAAAGUUGGGUGGACUCAGAGGGACCCAAAGAUUCUGAAACUAAAAAUCUUCACCAGGAUUUAAAACCAGGACCCCUGGUUUGGAAGACAAGUGCUUUACCACUCAGCCACUGAUAAGUGCUGAACCCUAGAAGUCCUUUUUUUAAUACUCCACCUUGCUUACACCAACAGAUGUGGUUUACAUCAUAUCUGUGUCAUCAAACAUGUACGCAGGGAACUUCAGCAUUAGUCAACAUGACUAACAGACUGCCCCAUAGAGAUUAUUUGAGCUGUUCCCGGAGAAUUAUGCUACAUGAUGCCAACUGACACUGCAUAAGAGGUUGACAUAACUGUGAGAUAGAUUCUUUCAGGAUGUAGUUUCACACAUCAGGGGACAUAACUUAUGAUAGAGAACUGAUUUAAGGCAAAGGUAAGGCUUUCCCUUGUAUAAGGCUAGGGAGAUCUUAAGAAAAACUUCUCACAUGCUUCAAGGGACAAUGUCUCAGCACAUUGUUUUUAUCAAAAAAGGGAUUUCAGAUAUGGUGUCCUACGAGUCUUUUUUUUUUCAUUUGCCAGCGUACAGCAACUGACGUGUUUCUGUAGUACUAUUAACUAAACUAAAGUGAUUUUUCUUUUAAGUUCGUUACAUUUUUUAAAUUUUUUUUUUUUUUCAGACAUCAAAAUGGCUGUCAUUGACCUUAUUACUUUGGUUAUUUGUUGUAAAUGUGUAUAUAUCUUUGUUGCAUAGAAAUUCUAAAAUACUGUAAGGAAAGUUUAUUUUUAAAUCUUAUUUUAGUAUGCAGUACUGUGAUGGGUAAUUAGCAUUUAUGACUUUUUUUUUUCAAUAAAAAAAAUAAAUUUAUUCAUGUUAUGAAUAGAACUUCACAUAUCAUCUUAAUUUCACUUAAAUAUAUAUAUUUGUAUAUAUGCCAGUUACUACGGACUUUUCCCAUUAUUCUUGUUUCUUUAUUAUAGAUCUAUAUACUUAACAUUCAUUCAACACACCCAGUUAGCCAGAUUUUUGUUUAAAGAAAGCAAAAUUUAAUUAGAGUAUAUUCUUAAUUAUUAUUAAUACAGGGAGGCCAGGAUAAAAGAGGCUUGGUAUGAUUACAGGAGUACAAAUACCAACAGAAAAUUCAAUUACAAUAUAUUUCAUUUUUGUGUAAAAUUAGCAAAAAUAUAAUGUCCGUAAGAACUGUUAACAUGCCAAGCAUUCAUAGUUAAGAAAAGGAAAGGGGGGGGGGGGGGGUGAAAGAGUGCACCAGAAACUUGGAUUCACAAAUAAGCAUGACUCUGGGGUCUCUUUUAUCUUGGCCUUGUUGUAGAAUGGUUCAUUGCUUGCUUUAUUAACAAAGCAGAAUGUAUACUUAGUGAAUCACUUAACAGUAUGUAGUUUGAAUCUUAGUAGAAUUACAUUAUUUAGAAAUUGUACUUCUCUCUUACCAACUCUAAUGCUUCCUCACAGGGUCACAAGUUGUAAAUUACAAUUUAACGAAGUUAAUUUACAAUGCUAGAAAACUUUGUUAUCAGAAAAGUUCUUGCCAAUAAUAUAGGUUGAUACAGUUAUCUCCUCCUGGAGUUCUAAUGAGCUACUGGUAUUGCUUAUGUGUGUACAUAAUCGGAUGGCUGUCUGGUCGUGCGGUUUGUGCACUGGACUGUCAUUUGGAUUUAUCAAUGGUCCCGGGUUCAAACCCUGCCCGCUCCCAUUCCCCAACAUCCUGCGGGAGGUUUGGACUAGGAAGUAAACUAUCUUGAACUCUGAAGGAAUGUCCAAUACAUGUAAAACAUUUUACAUUUUUUAAAAUCCUGUAAUGUAAUUGAAAACAACUCAUACACUCACUGCUCUCUCCUUUUUAAAAAGGAGUAUUAUAUUUCAAAUUCUUUUCUUUUCUUUAGAUAUUUGUAAUUUUGCACAAACAUUUGCAUUCAGUACAUUCCAUCAGUCAUUGUUUGACUUACUUGAUCAUAAACAUAGAAAACCUGGUGAAGAAUUUGAAUACAUUUUUUUUUGUUUCAAUUUUUUAGGCUUUGAUAUUUUGUCUUGUUAUUUCACUACUGGACUUGUGAGGUGGGAAAAGUCUUCCACUGUUUUGUUCCAUAAAUAUGUGAGCACAUUUUUGUCAACAUUCACAGUUUUUAAAAUACAUUCUUGUUUUACAAAAUGG